AAUCUUUCUCUGCCUACCUCAAGGUUUUGGACAUCACUUCUCGCUGCUCCGACCCAGUAGAUCUCAGCAGAGUCCAGUGAAGGCCAGGCUGCAUCAGCAGAAAUGGCUCCAGCAGCCAUGUCUGUACCUCCAUCCUCUUUCACCUCCCUGCUCUCCUUCCUCUUCUCCUUCUUCCUCCUCCUGUCAUGUCCUGCAUCAGCGCACGCAGAUUCAUCUGAGAACAACUGCUCAGCUAGUGGAGACCCCUGUCAGGAAGGAGUGGUACUGCCCGUGUGGAACCCUCAGAACCCAUCUGUGGGGGACAAAGUGGCACGAGCCAUUGUUUACUUCGUAGCACUCAUCUAUAUGUUCCUGGGUAUGAGCAUUAUAGCAGACCGAUUCAUGUCUUCUAUAGAGGUCAUCACCUCCCAGGAGAAGGAAAUCACUAUAAAGAGGCCAAAUGGUGAGACCACCACGGCCACAGUCAGGAUCUGGAACGAGACUGUUUCUAAUCUCACUCUAAUGGCCUUGGGUUCUAGUGCCCCCGAGAUACUGCUGUCUGUUAUUGAAGUGUGUGGUCACGGUUUCGAGGCUGGCUCCCUGGGUCCCAGCACCAUCGUGGGCAGUGCUGCUUUCAACAUGUUCAUCAUCAUCGCCCUGUGUGUGUAUGUGGUUCCUGACGGAGAGACGCGCAAAAUCAAACACCUUCGGGUGUUCUUCGUCACGGCAGCCUGGAGUAUCUUCGCCUACAUCUGGCUCUACCUGAUUCUGAGUGUGUUUUCCCCUGGAGAGGUGGAGGUAUGGGAGGCAGUGCUGACCUUCCUCUUCUUCCCCCUCUGCGUGGUCCAGGCCUGGGUGGCUGACCGCCGACUCCUCUUCUACAAGUACGUCCGUAAGCGUUACCGUGCUGACAAGCACCGCGGCAUCAUCAUUGAGACCGAGGGAGGAGCGGACGGAGGGAUAGGAGGUAUGGACGGAGGAGGAGGAGGAGCACUGGGUCCAGGGGGGUUCACCAAGAUGGACAUGCUGGAGCUGGACGGACAGAUGGCGUUGAACUGUCACAGUGGGAUAGAUGGAGGGAUGAUGGAGGAGGGAGGAGCGAAGGACGAGGAGGACGAGGCCAGAAGGGACAUGGCGAGGACGCUGAAGGAGCUGAAGCAGAGGCAUCCGGAUAAAGACAUGGAGCAGCUAAUUGAGAUGGCUAACUAUCAGGUGCUGAUGCAGCAGCAGAAGAGCAGAGCUUUCUACCGUAUCCAGGCAACCAGGAUGAUGAUCGGAGCUGGCAAUAUCCUCAAGAAGCACGCUGCCGACCAAGCUCGCAAGGUGGUGAGCAGCCACGAGACCCAAGCCCAGGAGGACGAUCCUCACACCAUCAGGAUGGAGUUCGAGCCCUCGUUGUAUCAGUGCUUUGAAAACUGUGGCUCCUUGAAACUGACUGUUGCCAGACACGGAGGAGACUCUGGAGUUACUGUCAAGGUGGAUUAUCGCACAGAGGACGGUACAGCGAAUGCAGGUUCCGAUUAUGAGUUUGCAGAGGGAACGCUGCUGUUUAAGCCAGGAGAGACACUCAAAGAGAUCACAGUUGGAGUGAUUGAUGACGACAUCUUUGAGGAGGAUGAGUAUUUCUAUGUCCACCUCAGUAACCCCCGAGUGGUUGGUUAUCCUGAGAUCGGCACCGCCCCACUGGAUGCAAGUGCCACCCCCAAAGCCGUGCUGGGCGACAACCACACAGCCACAGUGACCAUCUACGAUGACGACCACGCAGGUAUUUUUACCUUUGAGAGUGCCAGUCAGAAAGUGAGUGAGAGCGUAGGUGUGAUGGAGGUGAAGGUGCUCAGGACUUCUGGGGCCAGAGGCCUGGUAGCUGUUCCCUACCGAACCGUGGAUGGCAGCGCUAGGGGAGGCGACGACUACGAACCUGUCGCUGGCAAACUGGAGUUUCAAAAUGACGAGACCAUGAAGAUCAUCGAGGUAAAGAUUAUCGAUGAUGAAGAGUAUGAGAAGAACAAGGCCUUCGUCAUUGAGCUGGGGGAGCCCGUUCUGUUGGAGAUAGGGCAGAAACACGGAGAGAGUGAAGGUGUCGGAGAAAGACGAAUAGGCUCAGGGACAGGCGGUAAAUGA